CUCAUCCUCAAAUCAUUUCAUCAGGUUGAACGUUGAAGAAAAUAUUAGCAUCAUGUCAAAAGAUGUUGACAGAAACCAGGUGUUUAGAACCACCAGGGUGCGGACUGCACUGAAGAAUGAUGGCAGCUGGAUCCAAAAAUCUAGUCAGGAAAAAGAUGAGCAAGAUGAAGCACGGACAGACCAUGCUGUGGAGACCAAACCAGCUCCAGUCAGGAAGAAAUCAUAUGUCCUCUCCACAGCCAUGAAAUAUGAAUCAGUAGAUUCUCCACUGAGCCCUCCUCUCGAAAAGACACAGCUCUCUCCAUCUGAAGGUGAUUCAGCUAAUCCGGCAAAUGCUGAUGUUAUUCCUCUCCAAAAUGAUGCUCAGCCUGAGGGGUCAACAGUGGAGACCGCAGACUAUACAAAGCCCCAAGCAGCCACAGAAGAACUUAUCCAAAAUGGUAAAGUACAAAUAGAAAAAAUUGUUGCCAACACAGCUGCAGAAAUCUCUGACGUGGCUGGUACAGGGGAGAGUAAAGACCCUGCAGAGGUCCCUGCUGCUCUUGCAGUGGAACUGAAAGCUCAAGAGGAACCUUCAGUUGAAACAGACCCAGCAAAUGAGGCACAUUUGGAGGAUGCAGGAGUAGAAUCAACUAAACCAUCUGCAGAGGGGAGUUCUAACAAAUGUCCUCCAGAACAUGCUGCAGAAGAUAUUUUUAAAGCCGUAGCUGUGGUUGUGGUGGAGUCAUCACCUGAUACGAUUGAUGUGAUUCAUACAACACCAGGAGAAGAGGCUGCUCUCCAAAACCAUGUGGAAGCAGACCCUGACUUACCGGUUCAAUCUGUAUCCGAAUCACCCACUCACUGUGCUACAGAAACUGCUGCAGAGGGGAGUUGUGAGAGAUGUCCUCCAGAACAAAGUACAGAAGAAAUUGUUGAAGCUGUAGCUGAGGUUGUGGUGGAGUCAUCACCAGAGACCCCUGCUGUAAAUAAUGCAACACCAAGAGACAAGGCUGCUCUACAAGGCACUGUGGAACCAAUCCUUGAUGCUGUAUCUGAAUCACCCACUCAGUCUGCUGCCGAAACUACAGUCAACCGUGUAGAGUCUGAAGUUGAGUCUGCAGCUCCAACAGAACCGGAUUUAAAGGUCAGCUCUGAAGAGGUAAUUGAGUGUGAAAUCCAGCCUGUUAAUAACACUGUUGUCGAACAAAGUGCUGAGCCAGCAUCUGAGAAUUCAGCAGUUGGUGUGAUGGAGUUGAGCAUCGAGGAUGCUCUUGAACCUGCUUCAGACACUGGAGCAGAUAAGUUAUGUGACAGAGCCAUUGAACUGACUGAUGAAUUAGAUGUUGAGCCGCCCACAGCUGAAGCUGUUCCUACACCUGUGGAAGAUCCAAAACAAUCCCACUCAGAGGAGUCAAAAGUGAACCAGUCCGAUACCAACACCACUGAAAUGUUUCAAAAGCCCAGGGAGGAGCUACCAUCCAAACACACUCUGAAGGACACCAGGUACACCAGUGAUGGCAGAGCUAUUUGUUCAUUCUGUGACCAAGUAAUUGAUGGAAACAUCAAGAUCUCACUCAAUGAGCCUCUGGUGACCUGCCACCCUGACUGUCUGCAGUGUGGAGUGUGUGCUAAGGUCCUGGGAGAUCUGCUGACCCCAAUGUUCCUGCAUGACCAAGUGAUCCACUGUGGUGGCUGCUUUGCAAAAGCUUUCAAGGCCUGAAACCUAACUGGGACAAACAUGUUGUUGGAAGACUCAAAGCAUACCGUGAUUAAUGUGUUGUACGGGCUGAGAACCUCACCACUGUUGCCUUAACUCAGUUUUCUGUCUUUUGACCCAAUUUUCCUACAAAAGGUUUUUUAGGACAUAAGAACUCUGCAAAAAGGUUUGGCUGCAGCAAAUUAUUUAUUACUUUAACUGCCAAAAUGCUUGAAUGAAAUACUUUGCGGACAACAAGAGUGCUUUUAUUGCAAGAUGCUGUAUAAGGUUAAAAUAAAAUCCCAGUUCAAUGUUUCAGAUUUAAAUGGUUUAAUAAGCCUUCAUUUCAAAUGAGCACAAACACUAAGUAGCAGGGCUACACAUCAAACACUUGGAGGCAAGUUAUUAAAGCAUCAACACCUCAGUGACAUAAAAACAGCUUAUUUUAAGCAGUAAUUGAAAAACCUCCAUGAAAUGCAUACAAAUAUUGUUUCCCCCCCUACACAUUGGGAUUUAAACAAAGCAAAAAUGCAUUAUGAGGGAAUGCAAAAUGCAUCUAUUGUAAGCGAAAGCAAACAGGGAGAUGGGAGGAAACAUUUAACCUUUGCAGAGAACUUUGGUACGUUCAGCUUCACUUGCUUUAGUU